AUGUCCACUGGCGACCGGCUUGGCGGGCGGAGCGGGUCUUACCCCGGACCGUACCAUGGUUCCCUUCCGAAACUCUCAUCCAGACCUAAAAUCCUAAAAUCAACGUCGCGCAUCAACGAAGCGUCUCCCUUACCCAAUGAACGACAGCGGGUUGCCAGUAAAAAUAGUGAUAUGUCCCCCCCAUUGCGUAUUUGA